UUGCAGCGAGUCGAAAAAUAGCAAAGGUAUCGAGCUCCGUCUUCUCAGCGGCGAUCAGAGUCGCCGGUUUCUUCAGUCUUUCCGGCGGUAAUCUUUUAUAAAUUUCACAAAUGACAACCUAUUUGUGGAGAAAAUAUUCUGACUACUUGCAUACUAAAUGGGAGAAAGAAGUCCUAUGGACCAUGGUUGAUCCAUUCAAACGCCCAAAAUCAUUUACUCCUCUUGUUAUAAUUUAUGUAUCUGCCUUUUAUACUGGAGUCAUUGGAGCUGCAAUCACUGAGCAACUCUACAAGGAAAAAUACUGGGAAGAUCAUCCUGGUGAGGCAGUGCCAAUUAUGAGACCUAAAUUCUAUGGUGGGCCAUGGAAGGUUAACAAAGGAGGUCUUCUUCCACCAAACAAGUGAAAGUUAAAAAGUAAUGAAGCUUCAAUUUUCUUGCAUAUAUAAUGUUCUUGAUAUGUUUAUCUUACAUGACUUGUACUAACUUCACGUAAUUCUAUGCUAUCUUCUAAUAAUUUAAUCUAUCAAUGUUGAAACGGGAUCUUUUAUAGUUUAAUCACCAUAGGAUUCUAUUCCAUGUGUUAUCGAUUUUGAAUCUCGUUGGAUAGAACAAGACAAAACAGGACAACCUUGUAUUGUGUUUGGCGUGCGUUUAACUAGGAUAGUUUGUCUGGUCAUGUCCUGUGUAACAAACACUGUAAAAUUCUUUCGUAAUUUAAUUGGUGGUUUUUUGGAGAGCUUCAAGGGCUUCUCGGGUGAUGCUCCGAACCCAAUCACUGAAUUUCUCUACCUCCGGGUCUCCACCAACCAUCUCUUUAAAGCAGUCAUUACACGUGUCAACAUUGGUGGCAACUGCGCUAACAUCAAAAUUAGCCUUCAUUAGGUUUAAGUUUUCGAGGCUGUCAAUAGUAUUCCUGAUAUCAUCGACAGCCGCACCGAAAACCUCAUCGCAUUCCGUGAGACAUUCUUUGGUUCCGUGUGAUGUAUUAGGGUUUUCCAUUCGGGCCUUGAGUGAUGCGUUGAACUCAUCGAUCUUUUUCCCAAUGACUUGCAUUUGUUUGGUGACCCUGUUAGCCACAUCGGCGUCUGUCCCACCAGUUUCAUCAGGUAUUAUCUCUGUGAUGUCGGGCAACGGGAGGAGGUCAGAUGGGUUAGGUUCUAUAUCUGACUCUUCGAUAUCAGCUGCGGCCGGUGCGCCAGCAUCGGCCGCAGGCCAAGGUGCGAAACGAGCAUUCACAUGUAUUGUAGAAAUGAUGUGGGCGGAAAUGAAAAUGAUGGUUAGGGUUUGUUUUACAAGAGCCAUUGUCUCUAAAAGAGACAAUGG